AUGAUGUCUGAGCAACAGUCUCAACAACAACAACAACGGUUGCAACAAGAACAAAGACAACAAGUAGAACAGAAUCAACGAAAUGGUAGAAGUGAUGAUUCAACAUCGAAUCAUUCACCGACAGCCCAAGAUUCACCUGAAUCUUAUUUACAUGAACGACGACAUCAGUGUAAUACAUCAUGUAGACAUAGGAGACAUCAAGAUUUAUCACCACGCUAUGAAGAUGAUAGAAAUAUAAUCUAUUUGAAUGAACCAAGUCCAAGACAUUAUCGUUCACAGAAUCAGCUGAAUGAUCAAGUUGGAUUUAUUUUCAAAGAAGUGCUAGUGCAAGAAAUAUUCGUUUACGUUCAGGAGCAAGUCAUACUCACUUACAUCAACUCAACUUACCACUUGAUGAUAGAAUUACGGAUCAGAUUCGUAGAUCAUUUCACGAUAGAAGUAAUGGACUAA